UAGAUUUCCUGCACACUUUCCUCAUUUCCUUUUUGAAAAAACAAUUCUUUGAUGGGAAAUUACGUAUCAUGCACCUUAUCGGGGCCGGCGGGCAAGGGCUCGAGCAGGGGCACAAAGGUCAUUUUCCCAUCCGGCGAAGUCCGGCGAGUUCACGAGCCCACGAAAGCCGCGGAGCUCAUGCUUGAGACCCCGGGUUCUUUCCUCGUCAACACCAAGUCUCUGCAGAUCGGAAGAAGAUUCGCCGCCCUGAGCGCCGACGAAGACCUCGAAAUCGGCAACGUUUACGUGUUUUUCCCGAUGAACCGCCUGAACUCGGCGGUGACGGCCACGGACAUGGGUGUUUUGUUCUUGGCGGCCAAAAGGGCGGCCUCCGUCGGACGCGUGAGGGUCUCGCCGGAGAGCGGCGGCGGCGGGGAGGCGGAGGUGGUGCUGCCGAAGCUGAACUUGGAUGAUAUUGAAGAGUUUUCGACGCCGGAUUUCAAGCAUAGAUUGUCUAUGUGCAGGUCUAAGAAACCAUUGCUAGAGACUAUAGUUGAAGAGCCAGUCUCUCUCAGAUAAUUAUUAAAAUUUAAUUUGGUGAUUUAUUUAUUUUUUUUAAUUUUUAUUUUUUUAAGUUUGCUCUUUCAAAGUUUAAGCAAAGAGAGACUAUAUAUAUAUUGUUUGGCUUAUUUUUAUUCUAUUAUUUAAUGUGAUGGUGUAGAUAAUUAAAGAAAAAACAGGGUUAAAAGAUUUGUAUAGAAAACAGGGUUAGAAAUAUUUGUUUGUGUUUGGAUAAAUGAAUGGAUUAUUUGUUUA